AUGACUUUUCUCAAGUCCAUGACACCUGCAAUCGUUCAUUGUGAAGCCAGCUGUAAUGACUGCAAGACAUGGAAAAUAGAAAAGAGGUUUUCCAUGUUGACGGGGGAAGAUAACAAAAACCCACCGUUAUCUCCUCCGCACAGUCAAUGUAUGGCAAGGGAGAGUCCUGGACAUAUAAUAUACACAACAUAUGUUGACUUCAAAACCAGUCUCCAAGACAGGAUACCAAAAGGCAAAGAUAUCACAAUAGAUUUCGAGCCAGCAUCUAGAUGUGUAGGAGAUGUAAACUGUCACCACACGCUUACCAAUGAUAAUGUCAAUAUUCUAAUGAAUCAUGCCGUGCAUUCUGAAAAUACACAAAUAUUUGAACUCCGGAACCUGUCAUUCGGACAGAAAGCCGUGUCGUGCACGUUUUCUACAUCUGAUUGUUUGUUCAUCAGAAACAGUCUUGCUGAUAGAUACACACCAAAACUUGCAUAUCUCACAUUACUAGAAUCAUACUUAAAGAACUUAAAUUUCGACAAGUCUGAUGUUGAAGUUGAACACAACGUAUAUGCCAGAUCAAUUAUAUUAGACUAUAUUUGUUAUAGUCUUGUGAAAAGCCGUGAGGAUGUCGUGGAAGCCUACCCGUCGACGAAAGAAAAAAAUACAUUUGUAUUAAUUGCUUUUACAAAAAAUGACAACGAUUAUCAAGAACUAGAAACGUUUAACGGUCUUCAAGUUUUAUGUAGACCAUACCUUACAAAGUCGUCUGAAUCUAUUUUGGCUGAAAAUUAUGCACAAGAGCAAGGGUUGCAUUGCUCGUUUGGAAAGGAUAUUCAAUUGCUAAACGAAGUCAUCGAGUCGAAAACAGGAGCGUUAUUUACCGAUCAUAGCAAUAUUGAAGGCAUUGGUUUAAGCAUGGUCAGGUCUACGAGCAAAGGUUUUGAUACAUCCUCACCUUGUGUGGUACUUUAUUGCAAGUGUAAGUCUUACAUUCCUUUCGGUGAACAAGAGUUUCCAAAAUACCUAAUCCACCAGAGUGGCCUUUCAUUUAAAACUGAUGUUCGGGAAGGACGUUUCAGUUUAGGUCCAAAUGGUAAUACACUGCUUGGUGCUGCACGGGACUGGCACAAAGAACUAGCUAUGGGUUGCAGCGUCGGACCGAAAAGUGGACAUUAUGAUGCAACCAUUGGGCCAUUUGUAAAAGUUGAAGGUAUUGACCAAACAUGUUUUCUAACAGUAAGACAUAUGUUCCAGCCUUUUGAUCUAGAUGACCGUCGACUUCAAGGAACCAAACUAAUGCAGCCGGCAGAUGGCGAUACUAAGUCUGAUCCAUACAGCCAAGCUGGGCAUGGAGGACCCGUUAAUGAUAGAGAAUGUGGUGAUGUUUUAACGAGUAUUUUCAGUGAGAGGGUUGAUGCAGCAGUUGUCAAAAUAAAAGCUGAUCGUUCUCCGAGCAGAGGAUACUUUGUUGUUCCUACGGAAAAUGAACUAAAAGUUGCCGGUUUUUCGCGUACAAACUUUCCGACUUUUGAUGAUGGGUCAAUUAUGAAUGCAGCUGAAUUCACGACGGAAGACGUUGCUACAGAAAGGGUUGUCAAAUUUGGAAAAACAACCGGAUUAACGAAAGGAUCACUUGAAUUAAACUCCAUGGUAGUUAAAGUUGUGGACGAGGAAGCAUUGGCCAUACAGUACAAUGGACGUCUUGAGAGUAAGGUUAUGAAAAACCAACUGAAAAUUAAUUCUCACUCACUGAAGACAUUUUUCCAGCUAGGGGAUUCUGGAUCCGCCGUGUUUUUGGUAGACAAACGAAAUAAAUUACAUUGUAUUGGGAUGGCAAUUGGUUCAAUGUCCGAUCUGUCGUGCCUUGUUACACCCAUACAAGUUGUUUUGUCCGAGUUGGAGAAGAAACUAGGCAAGAAAAUUUUACUUAAGAACUUUGAGAUGGAAAAUAUGCAGUAGAUCUAGAUAAACCUAUAACAAUCGAUUAUGACAAACUGGCAAACUGAAAUAUAUAUCUGAAUUGUUGGCUAUGAUAUAGGGGCCCGGACUGCAGAUUUUGGCUAAAAUGAUCUUUCUUUAAGUUUAGUAAUGCUAUGACUUAAUGUAUUGACUCACUAUUGUUCAGCUUGGACUAGCUGAUAAGCCCCGCCUCACUUCACCUUGUAUUAUGUUACAGUUGUAGUAUCAAAUUAGAAAACGAUUUAUAAACGGAACCCAUGCCGUCCUACCACAUCAAAUAUAUUACUUUGGCGACUAGGAUGGUGGGACCUAAUUGAAAGGAUAAUGUUUUUCAAGAGAACUUAUUAAUGAUAAGGUCAGUGAAAAAGUGUUUGUGGCUAUUUUAAAAAAGAAUCAAGAAUUUAUUCUCAGUGUUUCAAGAUGGCACCUUCUUUUGAACUGCCAACGCCACAGCUUUUUAAGGUAGAAGGACAAAACACCAACGUGCCAAGUGCAUGGGUCUAUUUAGGUGAAACGCUUUGAAUACUACAUACAAGAAUCUGGAAUAAAAAAGGAUAAAAAGAAAAAAGGGCUAUUUUGUUACAUUUUGGUGGACAAGAUUUACAGGACAUUUAUGAAACAAUGACAAAUCCUGAUAAUAACUAUCAACAAACUGUUCAAUAUUAACGCGAUACUUCAAUCCAAACAAAAACAUGGUUAUGAAAGACAUCGUUUCAGACAAGAGAAUCAAAAUUCAGAUGAAACAGUAAGUAACUACAUCGUUAGACUCAAAAAACUUCCUUUGUCAUGUGACAUGAUUCGCGGCCAAGUUGUCGAGAAAUGCAUCUCCAAAGAGCUGAAAAUUAAUUUCUGCGUGAGAAAGAACUUACGCAAGAAAAAGUACAACGAAUAUCCCGCACAGCAGAGCUUAAAGCCUUGCAUGCCAGCAAAAUGCAGAGUUAAUCAGAAAACAACACGUUUCAGCGCAGUUCAGACAGUUCUGUAAACUACGAAAUCUUGAUGUUAGCCAACUUCUUCACAAGAAAACCAAACAACAGAAACAACAUCAACCUAGAACAAGACCAGCACCGAAGCCAGCAAAGUUCAAAACUUGCUAUCGAUGUGGAGGAAAGGGUAAUUCCGGUCAUGAAUGGAUGAAAUCGCGCAGUAUUGUGUGAAAUAUGUGCAAAAAGCAAGGUCACUACGCACACAUGUGUAAGCCAAAACAAAAUCAAGUGUGCUAUGUCAAUAAUAAUGAGGACUAGUGUGAACAUGAGAAAUAUGUGUUCAAUUUAAAUUAUAAAAGUCAGUCACUAAACGUGGAAAUUGAAAUUUAAGGAAUCAAAUGUAAACUACUCAUAGAUUCUAUAUCUUGUGUAAAUUGCCUCAAUCGAUCUACGUUCGAAAAGGUGAAAUCAAAAUCUACCGCAGUCACAAUAUCUUGUUCUAGGAUCUAUCCUUACGCCCACUCAACACCGCUGAAAAUUCUUGGAAUUGCAGACUUUAAUGUAAAAUCAAAGAAAAUGUUACAAAAAUCACAUUUCUCUUGACUAGACAUUGACCUUUAGAGGAAGUGUGGUGGAUUUAAUGCUCCUAACUGAAAUUCUAUUGUGAAUUUGUAACUUUGCAGUCUUAAUAACAUUCUUUCUAAUUUGGCUUAAGGUUUGUACCAUAAACCGGUUAAAACUCCCCAGUUGUGGUUUUGUCACUGACCGUUCCAAGGCGGUGCCCCACUGUGUUCCUGUAUUUGUUUGUUUUGUCCUUUUGUGUACAUUUUUGUGUGUGGUGUGCGAGAGUUGUUCGUGUGUGUCUUUGGGGAGGCUGCGUUUUUUGAACGUGGCUUUCCCUGUUGGAUAUUCUUCCUUGUUUUUGUGUGUUGGCUUCAAAAUGUUUAUAAACGGCUUAUUGUCUGCAACCACUUGAAAUGUUAAUCCGUUAACGUAUGUUCGAAACUUUUCUAUUCCCCAUGAUACUGCUAUGUAAUCUCGUUAAAUUUGACUGUAGCGUCUUUCAACUUGAUUUAAUGUCCUGCUUGAAUAUGCAACUGGUUUAAAGUGUCUAUCACUUUGUUUCUGAGACAAUAUUGCCCUGAAUCCAUAUGGUGAUCCCUCUGCUGUUGUUUCAGCUUGUAGUAGAAUGCCAUGACACUUACAUUAGUUAAUAAUGACUUCAGGUGUUGAAAUGCUGAUUGUUGUUCUUUUACCCACUCAAAAGUUACGUUUUUUUCUUGUCAGUUCCCUCUAAGUUCUGAUAUUGUUGCAAAGGAAUUUUGAGCAAUAGCUCUAAGGAAGAUUUCUUUCAUAUUUUGGGGAGAUACAGUGUUCAGUACUGCCUUGAUUUUGUUGUCGUUUGGCAAAAGUCUUUUAGCUGAGAAUGUGUGACCAAUGAACGUAAUUCUUGUCCCACAAAUUUCACAUUUGUCUUUGUCCAAAGGCGUUGUAACACUUUUCGUAGUGCUGCAUCAUGUUCUUCUUUGGUUGUACCAUAUACCAGUAUGUCAUCCGAAAUGUUUUACAGUUCAGGAUAUCCUGAAGUGUGUGCUGUAUUACACGAUAAUAGUCUUCUGACACACGAGAACCUCCAAACAUUAAAUUAAUCGACAAUAGUGGUAUAUUCGGUCAUUCGUGACGGACGUUGUUAUUUCUCGUGACUGUUUGGGUCGAGUUCUAUUUGAUGGUAACCCAUGUUCAAGUCUAGCUUAGGCAAGUAAUCUGAUCUGUGAUUACAUUAUUUACAUAGAACUUUACUAAUCGAAGACCAAAGACACUCUGCAGGUCUAAUAACGAUGUGCACUCAUUAUCAAUUGUGUGAAAUUUGAUUUUGGUGAAAAUUCAAACAAAACAGAGAUAUACCAAGAUUGUGUAUGUGAAAAUGCAGUGCCCGCAGCCAUGACUGUAGACAAAUUGAAAAGAAGUCACCUCAGGAUGAAUUCAUUCAAGAACUCUUUAAAUGCAUUACACGUGGUAAAUGGUAAAUGGCCAAAGCAUGAACAGUUCAAGACAUUCUUCAAGUUACGCAGUGAGCUGCCCAUUCAUAAGACGAGACAAGAUGUCGUGCGCUCGAGAUGAAAUGACUUCGCUCGAAAAGAUAUCGUGCACAUGAUGUAAGAUGUCAUGCGGUCGAGAUAAGAUUUCGUUCGCAGGAGAUAAGAUAUCAUACGCAUGAGAUAAAAUGCCGUGCGUUCAAGAUAAUUAUAAUUUUAAAAAAUAAAUGCACGUUCUAAACACACAACCGUAAUUUCAAAAUGUACAUGUGUAUAUCUUGAAUACCCAAUACUUGUCUUUAAGAGAUACAUGUUGAAGUACUUUUUAUUUAAUUUGAAAUAUUUUGUGAAGCUAUACAGUGGAAUUUUAUAACAGUUCUCUUAGUUUUGUAUGUUGAGUAAUUUCAUUAAUUACAUGACUAAUUUGCUAUUAAAUAAUUGUCUUUUCGU